AUGCCUAGAGUACGUAUACAAUCUGAUGCACCCCUAUUUUCUCAGGAAGAUUAUUCUUAUAUUAUGCAAUGUCGUGAUAUGAAACCAAGAUAUAAGAUUUUGAACGACUUGACAGGUAAAUAUAAAACAUCAACAAAGCGUAUUUACCAGAUUUGGAGGGGUGAAGAGGCUAAUAGAGUUCUCUGGGAUCAACCUAUACCCGAUCCUUAUGAAGAAAAUGAUAUACAUUACCGAAUUUCUGACUCUCACUUACCAAGUACUGAUAAAAUUAAUAUCGGUACUAUGAAUGACCUUCAUAUAGGAUCCCAGUCUUUAGAUAGGGGCAGAGCUUAUCCCAUGUCUCAAAGAGACAGCCCUACGAGCCUGCUAAGCAAUAAUGUAUCAGGAGAACAAACUCAACCAAAUAAGCAGACAAAAACAAAGAUUCGAAGCUCUACUUCCAUAGAUAAUACAUCUAGAAUGGAGGCCGAUCUUGAAAAAUUAAUGAAAGAUACUGAAAAAUUAGCACCUAUGUGCCCAUCUUUGCCUCAGUAA